UAGAAGGCAGAUAGCGCAGAUAUGACUCUACAUAUAUCAGUCAGAGGUGGAAUUUUGUUCCAAUUUUGGGGAAAGUCAAAAGGUGAAAAUUAACAUCUAACAUAUUGGGGAAGAAAAAAAAAGGAAAAACAAACGAACACGAUUCUACUUGCAAUAGGAGGAAAAAUCUAAAAGAAACGGUGCAUUUGUACUCUGCUUUAUUAAGAUUCCACAAAGAUUUUAUCGUUAAACGCCAUACUACACUACACCCCGAAGAAAGAGAUCAGCGAUGGCUUGCACGACUGUAUUCCGCGGCGUUUGCUUGUCAGAACCAUGGCGCCCUUUUCAUCAAAAUCGCGCCUCCGCUUCUUCUUCAUCGCUUGCGCCCGCGUGGGUACCUGUAAAACCAAGGUCAUGUAGCGGAGUUAGGGCUGGCGUUCGAGAUUUUCACUGCAGACGAACAGGUCCUUUGAAUUGUUCUAAUGGGGAAAUGCCUUCUUCCUCUUCUCAAGACGACCAGGGUCCCCCUCAAGAAGCCGUCCUCAAAGCUAUUUCAGAAGUGUCAAAGACGGAAGGAAGGGUUGGACAAACAACAAAUGUUGUUAUUGGAGGUACAGUGACAGAUGACUCAACUAACGAAUGGCUUACUCUGGAUCAGAAGGUAAACUCAUAUCCAACAGUUAGAGGGUUUACUGCAAUUGGGACAGGAGGUGAUGAUUUUGUGCAAGCCAUGGUUGUUGCUGUUGAAUCAGUACUUCAACAUCCAAUCCCAGAGGGUCGUGUUAGGCAGAAAUUGUCUUCGAGGGGAAAGUAUGUGUCUGUAAAUAUUGGACCUGUUCAAGUAUUUUCUAGUGAGCAGGUCCAGGCUGUGUACAAUGCCAUGAGGAGAGACGAUAGGAUGAAAUACUUUUUGUAGAGAACAAACGUUAUGACUUGUGAUGUUUCGUAUAUUUUUUAUAGAAGGCAAAUUAAUAUUGGGCUCUUAUUACUACUCCA